CUUCACAACCAAUCCAUGCUAUCUUAAUUGCCCCACCACAAAAUCAUCUGCCAAAAAAAAAAAAUAAAUAAAUAAAUAAUCCAACAUUUUAUUUUUGGUGCUUGAACUUGAGAUACUCUGCCCAAAAAUUAGCAGAGGAAAAGAGGGAAAAAGAAAAAGAAAAAAGAUAGAAAAUAAUGGCAGCAACAAUGGCUACUGCUUCAACUGUUGUGGGAUUAGGCACUUCCCCUUUGUCUUCUCCAAAUAAACUAAACCUCUCCUCAGGAUUCGUUAAACCUUUCGUGAUAGCUAGGAACCCUCCAAAGCCAUCACGAGCCUCUCGAUUUAAAAUCACAUGCUUCCAGCGGGACUGGCUCCGAAGAGACUUUAACGUGAUCGGCUUCGGCUUGAUCGGCUGGAUUGGGCCGUCAAGCAUCCCAGUCAUCAACGGCAACAGCUUGACUGGGCUUUUCUUCUCAAGCAUUAGCACUGAGCUGGCCCAUUUCCCAACUGGGCCGGCUCUCACUUCCCCCUUCUGGUUGUGGUUGGUGUGCUGGCACCUGGGGCUGUUUUUGACCCUUACAUUUGGGCAAAUUGGCUUCAAAGGAAGGACUGAAAAUUACUUCUGAGUAAUUACUUUUAUUAUCAUUUAUCAACUUCAUUAUGAUAUAAAUGUGUAUGAAAAAAUGCUGUUAUUGAUAAUUAUUAAUUAAUUGCAUCUUUUCUUCUGUACCUGAGGCCCUUAUAUUAGGUUGUCAAAUUGUUUGUCAAGUUGACUCGUUCUGUUAUUAAAAAAUUCACACAUACAUUUAAA